AUGGCCAUGACAAACACUAAAGCAGCUGCACUAGCAGUUGGGUUCAUCUUCUUGAACCUUACUUGUGUUCUUGGUGGUCUUCAGUAUGGGUUCUAUGAUGGCAAGUGUGAAACUUCAGAUGUUGAAGCCAUCGUUAGAAACACGGUCUUCUCCGAGUUCCUCGUGGAUCAAACAAUCGCUCCUGCGCUGAUUCGCAUGCACUUCCAUGAUUGCUUUGUUAAUGGUUGUGAUGCAUCGAUUCUACUUGACGGACACAACGCCGAAAAAACUGCACCGCCAAAUUUAAGCGUUAGAGGUUUUGAUGUGAUUGAUGCUGCAAAAGCCGCGGUUGAGGGGGUGUGCCCAGGGGUGGUUUCUUGUGCUGAUAUAAUUGCUAUAGCUACAAGAGACGUUGUUGCCUUGAGUGGUGGAGGUAGAUAUACUGUCCAAACAGGAAGAAGGGAUGGACUUGUGUCUCUUGCCGAAAAUACUAUAGUACUCCCUGCUCCUAAUGCGUCCGUGUCAAGCGCGAUUCAUACUUUUGCGAGCAAAGGACUCACCGCCACCGACAUGGUCUAUCUUUCUGGUGGUCACACUAUUGGAGUCGCUCAUUGUUCUUUAUUUAAAGAUCGUCUUUACAACUUCAAUAACACCGGGGAACCAGACCCGACCAUGGACUUAGGCCUGUUAACAUGGCUGAGACUUGUAUGUCCUCAAAAUGCAACCGUUGAUAGCACGGCAAACUUGGAUCAAAACUCUUCAACCUCUUCAACUGUGGACAACUCUUUCUACACUCAGAUUAUGUUGCAUAGGGGAGUUCUUCAAUUUGAUCAAGAAUUAGCAUUGGACCCAUUGACCCAGUCAACAGUUGCAGCCAUUGCUCAUUCUGAUGAUUUUAACACCAAAUUUGGUCAAGCCAUGGUUAAGAUGGGUGCGAUCCAAGUUCUCACAGGAGAACAAGGACAGAUAAGGAAAUCAUGCCGAGCAAUCAACCUCUAA